ACCCCACAAAUUUCUUCAAUCUCAAUUUCGAAACCGCUUUAUACUCUUGCACGUAUAGUAUAGAUUACACAAUAAUCAAUCACAGAGGCAUAGUCUCUCAAUAACCCCCUUUUUCCGAUUUUGACUAAACGCAAUCCAAAAACCUUUCAUCCUGCAUCUCAAAAAACCCUUUUCUUACAUUCAAUUUGGAUUCGCGAAACUCAGGAAUCAUGGCUAAGAUUAUAAGUAACGAUUAUAUGUUUUCUACCUGUAACCAUGGUUUACUUUGCAAUAAACUGGACAAAUCGUCUCCUGUAAUGAUAAAGAUGCCGGCGUCUUCUUCAAAAUCGGCAACAUCUUUGACUUUCCGAUCAUCGGCAGACGGUGAUUUCUUUGGUCGGAAGGUGGCUUUAGGCGGUGGUCAACAAAGAAGGGUCUUUACCCAAGCGGCUGCUGCAUCUGAUGUUAAGAUGAGUUUAAGCAUCGGGAAAUCUUUAAGAUGGUGGGAGAAAGGUCUUCAACCAAACAUGAAGGAAAUAACAGGCGCAGAAGAUCUUGUUGAAUCUCUUCUGCUUGCAGGCGAUAAACUUGUUGUCGUUGAUUUCUUUUCACCUGGUUGUGGUGGAUGCAAAGCUCUUCAUCCAAAGAUAUGUCAGUUAGCAGAGAUGAAUCCAGACGUACAAUUCCUUCAAGUGAACUAUGAAGAUCAUAAAUCCAUGUGUUAUAGCCUUAACGUUCAUGUUCUUCCAUUCUUUCGAUUUUACAGAGGGGCUGAAGGUCGUGUUUGUAGCUUCAGCUGUACAAAUGCCACGAUCAAGAAAUUUAAAGAUGCAUUAGCAAAACACAAACCCGAUCGAUGCGGUUUAGCUCCUGCAAAAGGUCUGGAAGAGAAAGAACUUGUUGCACUUGGUGCAAACCGGGACCUUUCUUUUGUGUACACUCCAAAAGAGGUCAUACCAACAGUAUCAGUACCAGUACCAGUAUCACCAGUAUCAGUAUCUGGGUCGUUGUCAGAACCGAGUCUACCACUUCCACUUCCACUUCCUCGGCCCUUGAAGUCAACAUUGGAAAAGAAAGAUGAGAGUAAAGAUAAAACCUUGGUAUCUUAUGGGAGAUGAGUUGUGUUUAGUAUCUUCUAAAGGGUAAUGUGUCUAAAUGUUAGUGUGUGUAUAGGGUACCUUUGUACUAUGUUAGUGUGUGCUUUUAUUUUGUAAAUAGUGCAAAAGUCGAGCCCGAGUUUGUGUGAAACAAUAUGCUAGGAAGUGUGUGCAAAUGUUUUCUCAUUUUCUUGUGGCUUAGAAGCCUAAAUUCUGUGUGUAAUAUGUAUAUAUGAAGGAAGAUGACUAUCUUGUAAACGUGGUUUUAAUGGAAAUUACAAGUUAGAAUCUUUCUACA